AGUGAUUGCUUCAGCCCAGCCCCUGGCAGCUGAUGCACUGUGCUGGGCCUAGACCGGACUCAAAAAGGCUGGAGGCAGAGGGAGCCCAGCAAAGUCGCAGCCAUUAAAGAGCUUCCGGCCUGGCCAAGAUGCAGAGGGGAUGCGCAGGGCCCUCUGGUUCUGACCAAGAGAAAACGGAGGCUUAGGGGAGGCUGAGUAGCUGCUCUAUCUCUUCUCAUCUCUCCACAUCUUGCAGUAUGGAUAUUGGGAUGAAUAUGUUUCUGAGCCAGACUUCACACUGAGCAGCUGCAGUCGGGGAAAUCAGAGAAAGCGCCACCCAGCCCCAGAUUCCAAGGGGCCCGCUGGGGACUCUCCUCUUCCUCGGGAAGGAAGACCCCGAGGCUGCCGGCUGGCACCAGCUCCUGGGCUUCGAUGGCACUGGCAGCCACCACCCCCAGGCUGUCCUCCGCCCUGCCAGGCAGAUAGGGCCGCUGUGCCCAGGGGCAUCUGCCCUCUGCCUGCUGUCCGGUGGCUCCUCUUGGUCCGCCUUUCCUGGACUGCUGAUGUGAGGCCAUGUAGGCACUGCUCAGGCCUUUGCAUAUACUGCUGGGGACAGUGCCGCUGCUCUUGGGGGACCCAGUGCAUCACCAUGCCCCGGGGACUCGCCUGGCUGCACUAUCUUGGGAUCCUCCUCGGUGUGGCCUUGGGGAACGAGGGCUUGGAAGUGUGGCCUUUGACCCAGAAUAAGGGGUGCACUGCCACGGGCUACCUGCGGGACAAGCUGCAGUACAAGAGCCGGCUUCAGUACAUGAAACACUACUUCCCCAUCAACUACAAGAUCAGCGUGCCUUACGAGGGGGUGCUCCGAAUCGCUAACAUCACCAGGCUGCAGAGGGCCCGGGUGAGUGAGCAGGAGCUGCGGUACCUGUGGGUCCUGGUGAGUCUCAGCGCCACCAAGUCCGUGCAGGACGUGCUGCUGGAGGGCCACCCGUCCUGGAAGUACCUGGAGGAGGUGCAGACGCUGCUGAUGAACGUGUAUCGGGGUCUCAGGGAUGUGGAGAUCAGCCCCAAGGUGGAAGCCUUGUUGUCUGUCCUCAGCACCCCAGGCCUGAGCCUGAAGCUGGUGAGGCCCAAAGCCCUGAUGGACAACUGCUUCCGGGUCAUGGAGCUGCUGUACUGCUCUUGCUGUAAACAAAGCCCCAUCCUAAACUGGCAGGACUGCGAGGUGCCAAGUUCUCAGCCCCACAGUCCAGAGCCCUUGUUACAGUGUGCAGCCACCCACUUGUACCCUCCACCCUAGGACCCUGCCACCUGCCUGCCCGGCUCCCGGGGCCUAAGCGCUGAACCCCGGCUGAGGUCUCUUGGCCUGAGCUGCCUGUAUGUUGAUCCUGUGUGGGGACCCUUGAGUCCCAGGAACCAGGCAGGGCCUGAGACUUUGGAGAAGCCCCCUGAGCUGGCUUCCACCUUCCGACUGACUGUCUCCUGCAGAGUGGCAGGGGCUGGGGACUCUGGGCUGCAGGUGAUGCUGAAGUCUCCUGUGGUCCCUGGGCCAGAGCUGUGCUUCGAGGCAGCAGCAGAAAUGCAGGGACCACGUAGGACUCCAAACUCGCCGUGGCUUUCCAGCCAGUUGGCACUGAGGGCUGAGCUAAAUGCCAUAUCUUGCCACAGUGGUUGCUAUUCUAGUUUUUUUUUUUUUUCUAUUAAACGCCUGCUUUUUUUUGGUUUGGUUUGGCUUGCUUUGCAUCUGUGAUGGUGAACUUGGCUGGCUGAGGGCAAGUGGUGGGAUGGGCAGUGGGCUGGGGGGGUUCAGCAUCUGGACUUGCCGUGGACGGAGUGUUACUCACGACAGUGGAGGAUCGAGUUCCUUCCAGCCCUGCCCUAGCCCGCAGCACCUCAGCACGCCCGAGGGGUGUCUUUGAGGGGCCAGAGUGAUGACAGGGAUGUUGGCCAUCUUCUCACUCCCCUGGCUGCCCAGACAGCCCCCAGCAGGGGCAGAGUGGGGCCGCCUUAGCCUCAGGUCUAGGCUGAAGCCCUGGCCACUCCUGUCCCUGUGCCCGGGGACCUGUCUGGCUCAGAGUCCCUGGGGUCUGGAUGACCAAGGCCAGGUGCAGGGGUAAGAAAGGGGCAGGGAAGGCAGGCAGAGGCAGGGGUGUUAGUUACAGUACGACUUUAUUAAUACUGGAAUCUUCACAGUGCAUCUGUUACUUGUAGCGGUGACUAUUUAAAUCAAGGGGAGGAUGGAGUGGAGAAGGUGGGGAGGAGAGAAUUGAUCCAAAAACCGACAGAAAGAAAAGAAACAAAAUGGUCCAGACGGAGGAGUGUGGGGGGUUGGGGUGAGUCAGAACCAGGAGGGGCAGCCUGGAGUGGGAAAAUAAAUAAAAAAGGAACAA